AUGUUCACUGGUAUUGUAGAAUGCAUAGGAACUGUUUUAGAAUACAAUCCGUAUGAUGAUUCCGAAAGUGGAGGCCAAGGUAUUUCUAUAACUAUCGGAAAUGCCGAAAGUAUUCUUUCUGAUUGUCACAUCGGGGAUUCAAUAGCUGUGAACGGGGUUUGCCUCACUGUUACUGAGUUUGACAACGGUUCUUUUAAAGUGGGAAUAUCACCAGAGACUGUAAAACGAAGUAAUGUCGCUUCCUGGAUUCAGGGCGCCAAAGUCAACUUGGAGAGAGCAGUAUCUCAAGAUGUGAGAUUUGGCGGCCAUUAUGUACAGGGACACGUGGACACUGUUGCUAACAUUGUCUCAAGGGAACCUGAAGGAAAUUCAAUUAUCUUUGGGUUUCAGUUAAGAGAUCAGGAGUAUUUUAAGUACAUUGUUGAGAAAGGGUUCAUUUGUAUAGACGGGACCUCCUUGACCGUAACGAAAGUUAAUGAACUUUCUAACGGCGGUGCUUUUCAUAUCAGUAUGAUCAAACAUACCCAAGACAAUGUUAUUAUGCCUUUGAAGAGUAUUGGCGACGAAGUUAACAUUGAAGUAGACUUAACUGGGAAGAUUAUUGAGAAGCAGAUCUUACUAACUCUCGAAAAUCAAAUAUCAAAGGAAGACAGCACCCUGAAUACCAUGAUUACAAAUAUCAUUGAAGAGAAAGUUAAAAAUUUUUUAGAUAAAUAA